GAGGGGCAUGGCAACGCUCCCCUCUCAGUCCCCCCUUUUCUCUCCACCCCCUAGCUUACAUAUAAAAGAAUGGAGUGAGUUGCAUCUCUUCACUCCUUCCCCUCUGCUUGCUGUUUGACUUGGGUGGGAUAUUCAACCCUAAUCAUGAGCAGGAACUACUUGUCCAAAAAUGACGAGCUCCGCAGAGGAGACUUCCUGAUGUCCAACAAUGGGCAGUGGAAGGCUGUCUUCCAGGAUGACGGUAACUUUGUCCUCUAUGGCUGGGAGCCAGUGUGGAAGUCAAACACUGAAGGCACAGACGUUACCCGCCUUUGCAUGCAGGCUGACUGCAACCUGGUCAUGUACAACAAGUGCAGCGAAGCCAAGUGGCACACAAACUCCGCCAAAGGCGACUGCAACAUGUGUCGUCUUCACCUGACGGAUGACGGCAAACUGGUGUUGAACAGGGAAUGUGACGUGAUCUGGGACUCUACUAAGAACGAAGGCAUGAAGUGAUUCUUUGUCAAAGUCAUGUUACAAUCAUUAAAUAAAACACU